AUGAGUUCAACGGCAGAUGCCAACUACGGUCCAGCACCCGACGGGGCUGCGGGGCCGCCCAAGCUGCCUACUCGGUUCUCCUCCCUAGCUCGCCUUCCCCCUGGCUCCCUGAGCUCCGCCUACGCGGACCUCUGCAGCGGCCCCUGGCCAGGUCCCUGCCAGCUGCCGGUGGUGUAUCAUCCGUCUUACAACAUUAGCUUCUUUGGCGUGGAAAAGCUGCACCCAUUUGACUCUUGCAAAUACGGCAAAGUGAUGUCUGCACUGAAGAAGCAGCACGUGCUGCGGGAGGGUCAGACGGUACAGCCGCGGGAGGCUUCCCUGGAGGUUCUAGCUGAUGUGCACACGCAGGACUACCUGUACCGGAUACACUACCACAACUUCACCAUAGUGCAGGUAACCGAGCUGGCGGCUUUAUCGCUGUUACCCAACAAGCUGCUGCAGUGGCGCAUUGUGGCACCCAUGAAGCUUCAUGUCGGUGGUACCAUGUUGGCUACUGGUCUGGCUCUGGAGCGAGGCUGGGCCAUCAAUAUAGGGGGUGGCAUGCACCACGCCAGCUCCAGCCGGGGCAUGGGCUGGUGCCCCUUUGACGACAUCGUGCUGGCGGUCAGGCGCGUACGGAAAGCGGCGGGGCGGCUGGUGGUCCUGUACAUCGACCUGGACGCACACCAGGGCAAUGGAGUGGAGCGGGAUUUCUACAUCAUCGAUUUUUACAACGCGCGCAUCUUCCCACUGGAUGACGAAGCCAAACCCGCUAUCGACAUCCCCGUGGAGCUGCGCUUCGGAGCCGAUGACGACGAAAUCCUGGGGCGUCUGCACGCCGCGCUGGCAGUUGCCGCCAGAACCCUGCCGCGCCCCGACCUCGUUAUCUACAAUGCAGGCACCGACGUGUUGGCAGGCGACCCGCUGGGUCGACUGGGCAUGACUGCGGCGGGUGUGGUGCAGCGGGAUGAGGUGGUGUGGCGCUGGUGCCGUGACAUGGCUCGUGCCCCCGUGGUCAUGGCGCUCAGUGGCGGCUACACGCGUGAGUCGGCGGGGGUCAUCACGGCGUCCAUCAGGAACCUGUUUGAGAAGUUCGGUCUGGGGGUGGAUGACGUGGCGGCCGGGAGCGGCGGCAGCACGGUGGAGGCAUCGCAGGCGGUCGCGCCAGCGGGCCCGGGGGAAGACGGGGAUAAGGGUGGUGCGGGGACACCAGCAACGGCAGGGGGCUUAGAGAUGCAGGGUGGGAUGUGGGGCGAGAAAGUAGAGGUGCAAGCGAACGCAGCAGAUGCGGGGCCGGUAUCGAACUAA